CUAUUUAUCAUGUCUGUGUAUACACGUACCCGCACCGACCCUUUCUUAAUUCAGUGUAUUUACACUGCGGAGAGUCAGGAUUUUUUUUUUUAAACUCAGACCCCGUGCAGGGCAGGUGUUUUUGGCUUCGUUGUUAAACAAACCACUCCUCCCGUACGGUUCGGCACCGAGCCCGGGAUCCCGCUCGCCGCCGUUCCCGCGGGGCCCGCCCCGCGGCUCUCCCGGCUCUCCCCGCCCCUCGCCCCGCCCCGCCGCAUUCCAACCAAUCGCAGCGCCCGUCUGGCCGAGGCCCCGCCCUCCGCCCGCCCGCCCAGCCAAUGGGAGGCGGGCCCCGCGCGGAGGUUGCCGCGGUGACGGGCGGCGGGCGCGCCGUGCCCGCGGGAGGGACGCGCGUCCCGCGGGAGCGAUGGAGCUGAGCCUGGCACGCGUGGAUUACCUGCAGGUGGGAGUCACGGCGCAGAAGACGAUGAGGCUGCUGCCCGCCUCCGGGAAAAAGGCCACGCAGAAGGUGGUUGUUGGAGAUCAGGAUGGGGUCGUUACGUGUUUUGGCAUAAAAAAGGGCGAAGCUGUGCCAGUGUUCAAGACACUGCCAGGACAAAAGAUCUCCAGACUGGAGCUGGGAGGAGCUCUUAAUACGCCACAAGAGAAAAUUUUUGUGGCUGUAGGAUCCGAAGUCAGAGGUUUCACAAAAAGAGGGAAGCAGUUUCUUUCCUUUGAAACUAACCUUACUGAAAGCAUCAAAGCUAUGUACAUUUCAGGAGCAGAUCUCUUUCUCUGUGCAAGCUACAUCUAUAACCAUUACUGUGACUGCAAGGACCAGCACUACUUCCUAUCAGGAGAUAAAAUCAACGAUGUUCUCUGCCUUCCUGUAGACAAAGUGAACUGCAUCACACCGGUGCUUGCAUGUCAGGACAGAGUGCUCAGAGUGUUAAAGGGAUCUGAUUUGCUGUAUGAAGUAGAACUUCCUGGACCACCUACUGUUCUUGCUCUGAGCAAUGGAAAUGGGGGUGAUUCUGGGGAAGAAAUUGUGUAUGGGACCUCUGAUGGGAAAUUGGGUCUCAUCCAGGCUACUGGUACCAAGGCAAUACCAAGGUGGGAAAUUGGAAAUGAAAAGAAGAGAGGAGGUAUUCUGUGCAUUGAUAGUUUUGACAUUCUGGGAGAUGGAGUUAAGGAAUUACUUGUUGGACGAGAUGAUGGAAUGAUAGAGAUUUAUAACUUUGAGAGUGCUGAUGAUCCUGUCCUUCGACAUGAUUAUGCUUUAUCAGAGAGCAUUGCAUCAAUCCAGGGUGGCUGUGUGGGAAAAGAUGGCUAUGAUGAAAUUUUAGCAGCAACAUACUCAGGCUGGCUGACAGGACUGACUACAGAACCUGUCCAUAGAGAAGGUGGAUCAGGUGAAGAACUUAAAUUAAGUCAAGAAAUGCAGAACAAGAUUUCAUCCUUAAGGAAUGAAUUGGAGCAAUUGCAGAUAAAAGUACUUCAGGAACGGGAGAAAUACCAGCAGUCCUCUCACUCCAGCACUGCAGUUUCCUCAGUACCUGCCUUCAGUGUCAAUGACAAGUUCACACUGAACAAGGAUGAUGCCAGCUACAGCCUCAUCUUGGAGGUGCAGACAGCCAUAGAUAAUGUCCUGGUGCAGAGUGAUGUCCCACUAGACUUGCUGGAUGUGGAUAAAAAUUCUGCCGUUGUUAGUUUUAGCAGCUGUGAUUCUGAGCCAAAUAGCAACUUUCUUCUUGCAACUUACAGAUGCCAAGCAAAUACUACAAGACUUGAACUUAAGGUUCGCUCGAUUGAAGGACAGUACGGGACGCUUCAAGCAUACGUAACUCCAAGAAUUCAACCAAAAACCUGUCAAGUUCUUCAAUAUCAAAUUAAGCCACUUUCACUUCACCAGAGAACUCAUUCUAUUGACCAAGACAGGCCUAUGAAUACACUGAUGCUCAAAGGCCAGUUCAGUUUUGCUGAAAUUCACUCCUGGGUUGUGUUUUGCUUGCCUGAGGUGCCUGAAAAGACUCCUGCUGGAGAGUGCAUCACCUUUUAUUUUCAGAACACUUUCCUGGGAACACAGCUUGAAUGUACCUACAGAAAAGGUGAGGGAUAUUUUAAAUCUGACAACAUCUCUACAAUAUCCAUCCUCAAAGAUGUGCUUUCCAAAGAGGCUACUAAAAGGAAGAUUAAUCUCAACAUAGCAUACGAUGUAAAUGAAGAAUCUGUGAGGCACACAUUAAAACUUAUCCACCCUAAAUUAGAGUAUCAGCAGCUGCUGGCCAAGAAGGUGCACUUAAUAGAUGCUUUGAGAGAAUUACAAGUUCAUGAAGGCAACGUGGACUUCCUGCUCCCAAAAUACCGCAGCAUUUUGGAAGAGGCAGAUCAGCUGCUGGAGGAGUACAAGAGACAACCUGCACAUCUCGAGAGACUUUAUGGUAUGAUCACAGAUCUCUUCAUAGAUAAAUUUAAAUUUAAAGGCACCAAUGUGAAAACCAAAGUUCCUCUCCUUCUGGAAAUUCUGGAUGGCUGUGAUCAAGAUGGAUUGAUCGCUUUUUUUGAUGCUGCCUGACAAGGAAAAAGCAGAGUAAUUUUUGUAGUUUUAACCAAGGCAUUUCAGUAACAAGUCAAAAACACUUGUACUCGUUUGUUGUACUGUCAGCUCUUAGGUUUUAUUCAUAUUUAUUAUCAUAUAGGAUACAGUAGUAAACUUGAUUUAAACUGUUGUGUAUGUUUACUGUGUGCAGAGGUUUUAUGUACAGUGUUAAGAGCUCAAGAAAGAUCAGAUGUAAACACCAAAUAUCCUUUUGGCAAAAAUGUUUUCACUAUUGUUUAAGAUGACAUGGAGUAGCCUGUCCCCCAGCUGCAAGAAUGGAUGAAGAAACUGGUUUCUAGAAACUUGGAUGGAUUUGGAAGAAAGCUGUUUGUUUAAGCUGUACCAAACUUAGUUUUUCCUGUUGUGCUGAGAAUGUGGUGUGACAAUCUCACCAGACUUGAUGUAGCUAGUGUGUGCAGAGGGGGAAGAACUCUGAAUUUCAGACUGAUGACAGCUCCAUUUGAAGCCACAUUUGUUUAGGAGUGGAUGGCAUUAAACUUCCUCAGUGCUUCUCCAGCCUCCCUGUGCUUCAUUUCUAAACUCCACCUACUUUCUCACUUGGUUUUAUUUAAAAUUAGAAGAGAUGAAGCAGCCAGUGGACUUCCUGAUCUGUUUGGAAGUAAAAAAGAUCAACUUCAUUGAAAUGACAUAGAAUCAUCAAGGGUGGAAGAGACCUUUGAGAUCAUCAGGUCACACCAUCAACUUGUCAGUAUCACUGUAACCCCGAAACCGCAUCCCCCAGCACCAUAUCCAGACACCUUUUCAACAGCUCCAGGGAUGGUGAUUCCCCCUAACAGUGAUAAUUAUUUUCCUAACUGUCUCAUCUGAGGAUGGGGUUGUGUGGAGAAGCUAUGGCUAUCCCAUCCCUGGCAGUGUUCAAGGCCAAGUUGGAUGGGGCUCCGAGCAGCCUGGUCUAAAAUGAAAGCUUUCCCUGCCCACAGCAGGAUGGCUGGAACACGAGUACCUUUGGGGUCUGCGAUUCUUUGAUAAUCGAAAGAUUAUUAUGGUCUCAUCCCGAGGCCAUUUCCUCUUGUCCCCUCGCUGCGGGCACCUCACUGCCCCCUCGUUUCAGAGAGCUGGGGAGAGUGAUGAGGUCUGCCCCCUCCCCAGCCUCCUUUUCUCCCGGCACACGUUCACGAGCACGGCUGGCCAAGCUCCAGCUCGCUUCCCACACACGUUUCCCGGCGGGAACGCCCGCGGCUCGUCUCUCCCUCCCUUGGGCGGGCGCUGGGCCUGGCGUCCCCGGCAGCGACACUCCCUCCCCGCGGGCUGCCCGCCCUCCGCGU